GUAACGCAUACUAAGGGAACUUCAUCGCUCAGGCGCACCUCCCGUCAUUGGCGUUGUUUGAUAAAACCGAGUAGACGCACAUUUCCUCUGAUUGCUAGUCAUUCUUCCUCUUUCGCCCGACCUUGCAUCUCUUCCGCCCCUCGCUUUGACUAUCAAAUCAGUCAUCAUGCCACACGCCUACCCGUUCCUGAGCAGCGAGCAGAAGAAGGAGCUGAGCGACAUCGCUCAGAGGAUUGUAGCCCCGGGAAAAGGCAUCCUCGCCGCCGAUGAGUCAACAGGCAGCGUUGCUAAGCGCUUCCAGAGCAUCAACGCGGAGAACACGGAGGAGAACCGGCGCCUGUACCGCCAGCUGCUCUUCACGGCCGACGACAUCGAGCCCUGCAUCGGCGGCGUCAUCUUCUUCCACGAGACGCUCUACCAGAAGACGGACGACGGAAAGCCCUUCCCAGAGCUCAUCAAGGACCGCGGCAUGGUGGUGGGCAUCAAGGUGGACAAGGGCGUCGUGCCCCUCGCCGGCACCAACGGAGAGACCACCACCCAGGGUCUGGACGGUCUGUACGAGCGUUGUGCCCAGUACAAGAAGGACGGGGCGGACUUCGCCAAGUGGCGCUGCGUGCUGAAGAUCACGGACACUACGCCCUCUGAGCUCGCCAUCCUGGAGAACGCCAACGUGCUCGCCCGCUACGCCAGCAUCUGCCAGAUGCAUGGCAUCGUGCCCAUUGUGGAGCCAGAGAUUCUCCCCGACGGAGACCAUGACCUGGCCCGCUGCCAGUAUGUGACAGAGAAGGUUCUAGCGGCCGUGUACAAGGCUCUGUCAGACCAUCACGUGUACCUGGAGGGAACCCUGCUGAAGCCCAACAUGGUGACCGCCGGACACUCCUGCAGCCAGAAGAACGCACCACAGGAGAUCGCCAUGGCAACAGUCACUGCCCUGCGCCGCACCGUACCCCCCGCCGUACCCGGCGUGACCUUCCUGUCGGGCGGUCAGAGUGAGGAGGAGGCGACGCUGAACCUGAACGCCAUGAACCAGUGUCCCCUGGGUCGGCCCUGGGCUCUGACCUUCUCCUACGGCCGCGCGCUGCAGGCCUCCGCACUCAAGGCCUGGAGUGGCAAGCCCGAGAACAGCAAGGCCUGCCAGGACGAGUUCAUCAAGAGAGCCAAGAAUAACAGCCAGGCGGCGUUUGGGAAGUACGUGUCCAGUGGGAGCGACGGAGCUGCCGCGGGAGAGUCCCUCUAUGUGGCCAACCACGCCUACUGAGCACACACACAGACAUGCACACCCCUCGUCUCCAUAGCAACGGUGCACACCCCUCGUCUCCAUAGCAACGGUUGCCACCUUGCCGAGCGCUCUAGAAUAUGACCACCACCCCCCCCCCCCUUCGUGUGUGUGUGUACAUUUCUAAUUCAGAAAUGCAGCAAUGUGUGUGUGUGUGUGUGUGUACUCACUGAUGUUGUUCAGUUCCAGAACAGCGUGUGUGUGUGUGUGUGUGCACGCGCUCCGAUGGUGUACUCAUGACUAAUUUAGCCAGUAGUGUUGAGGUGUGUAUGCUCACAUGCGCGCGCACACACACACACACACACACACACACACACACACACACACACACACACACACACUCACACUCCCAGAGGUUGGCCAGGGGUUAGUGUGAGUCUUUGUGGCCAGUAUCUAGCUGCCCCAACAGCAUAUAGACCCUCAACUCUCUCUCCUCCUUUCCUCCCUCUCUCCUCUCCUUCUCCACUGUAAUCACUUUUAAUCUCUCCAUCAUUCCCACCAUGCUCUGCUCCCGCCCAGUGCGUCGUCAUGGCACCCGAGGGGAUGGUGCCAGGGUGGUGUGCAGACAGACGCUCUAACUGCUGAUGUUUGUUUGUUGGUUGGUUGGUUUGUUGUUGUUGUUGUUGUUCAUGUUGUGUAGUAAUGCUUGCACAGCACCAGAUGAAUUAAUUAAUUAAUUAAAUGGUACCUAUUCACCAUACCACA